GAGAGGGAGGCGAAGCUGGAGGCUUGAGGUAGCCCCUGACAACUGUGGCUGGUCUCCAGAAGUUACCAGAAGGCAUUUCCUGCCGUGGGUUUCGCGUGUGGCUGCUCGGGUCCCUGAGCUCGUUCACACGCCGGUGUGGCCCUCCGGAGCCUUCCGUCUCCCCGCACUGCAGCCGAGUUCGGCCCCACCCUACCUCCAUCACCUCUCCCGGCUCCUGCAUCCCGCUUCCUGUCUGUGGGGACUUCCGGGGCCAGAAGUGGAGGGAAUCAAUAGGAAAAAGGCCCCAGGAGGAUGGUCACAGCUGCCGAGAGAAGGUGACCAGGAACUCCAGGGCCACAUGGGAUCGGCCAGCGACGUCGCCCUGCCGACCAGGCCCAAGCUCCCGCAGCCCGGAGCCGAUGUCGCCGGGACCCCAGCGUCCUCUGCAGAAGUCCCAGGCGCAGCCCCCUGCCCAGCGGGCCUCGCAGAGGCCACAGGUGCCAUCCUCGCCGCCGGGUCCGGCGGGUUCUGAGCCGUGGGGUGGCCCAGGCCUGGGGCCCUGGGACCCCAGCUUCACCAGCGAUGCGCUGCCGCUCCCGGACACGGUGCCGAAGCCCCAGGCGGGCCCCAGGCCGCCCUCCAUGCACUACUGCGAGAUCUGCAGGGUCAGCUGCGCGGGGCCGCAGACCUACCGGGACCACCUGGAGGGGCAGAAGCACCGGAAGAAGCGGGAGGCUCAGAGGUCGGGCGCACGGCCCGGCGGGGCUCCUCGGGGGUCCCCCGGCCUGCACUGCGGCCUGUGCGGCGUGUCCUGCACCGGGGCGGACGCCUAUGCCGCGCACCUGAGGGGAGCCAGGCACCAGAAGGUCUUCAAGUUACACGCCAGGCUGGGGAAGCCCAUCCCGCCCGAGCCCGCACCACGGAGGGUCGCCUACACCCGAGGUUCGGACAGCACCCCCGAGACCUCAGUCAGGCGUGAGGCGCCUGCCCGUCACAGCCCGCACGCCCCAGGCCGGCCAGCACCAGCCAAGGGACCAACAGCAGCAUCGCGCAAGGGGCCGCCCGAGCCGCCGACGGCGCACAGCCGACCUGGGGAGAGGACGCCAUCGCACCCUGGGCUGGAGGCCACCAGGGGCGGCCCCGGGGACGCGUCCCGGAGCUGUGGGGACACCGAGGCGCUGGGCACGGAGUACGUGGAGGAGGUGAGCAGCGACGAGGGGAGGGCGCCCCGCUUCCGCUGCCAGCUCUGCGAGUGCAGCUUCAACGACCGCCACGCCCGGGACCUGCACCUGAGCGGGCGCCGGCACCGGCUGCAGUACAGGAAGAAAGUGGACCCUAAGCUUCCGGUGGCCGCCCGGCCCAGCGGCCCCAUGCAGAGGGUGCUGGCCAAGAGGCUGCAGAGGCAGCGGCAGCUGGCACUAGCACGCCUGGAGGACGCUCGGCGCUGGAGCUCCGAGCUGAGGCAGCAGGAGGAGCACAGCAGACAGUCUGAGGAGCCCCCAGAGCCCCAGGUUGAGGAGCACACACCGGGGCUACCUGCCUGGGCCCUGCCGGCUGAUCCUGCCAGGCCAGGGGUGGCUGCCACCCGGCGCCAGCCGGCGCGCAGGCCAGAGAGCAGUGACGACCGUCACGUCAUGUGGAAGCACGCCUCCAUCUACCCCACGGAGGAGGAGCUGCAGGCCAUCCAGACCGCUGUGUCCCACACAGAGCGCGCCCUCAGGCUGGUGUCGGACACGCUGGCCGAGGAGAGCAGCCAGCAGGGCGCCCUGACGCCCCCGCCGCCUCGGAUGCUCAAGGGUGUGGUGCGGGUUGGCAUUCUGGCCAAGGGCCUGGUCCUGCGCGGGGACCACAGCGUGCAGCUCACGCUGCUGUGCUCCGGGAAGCCCACCCGCUCCCUGCUGCAGAGGGUCGAGCAGGAGCUGCCCCGGGAGCUGGCGAUAGUGGCGGAGGACAAGUACGAGGUCUCUUCCGACUGUGACGCCAACAUCGUGAUCUCGGCGUGUGUGGAGCCGGGGGUGAAGGUCACCGUGUCCGCCACCUCACCGCUCAUGCGGGAAGAGCCCUCUGUGCAACAAGGGCCGAGAGACUCCCUGUGUGACCCCGAGGACGUCCUGGACCAGGAGAGGUGCCUGGAGAGCCUGGCGGCCCUCCGCCAUGCUAAGUGGUUCCAGGCUCGAGCCAGUGGCCUGCAGCCGUGCGUGAUUGUCAUCAGGGUCCUGCGGGAGCUGCGCCGCUGUCUGCCCGCCUGGGGGGCCCUGCCUGCCUGGGCCACGGAGCUGCUGGUGGAGAAGGUUCUGAGCAGCGCGCCCCGGACCCUGAGCCCGGGCAACGCCAUGCGGCGGGUCCUGGAGUAUGUGGCCACAGGCGCGCUCCUGGCAGAUGGCCCCGGGCUACAGGACCCCUGUGAGAAAGGCCCACAGGACGCCCUGGAGCCCAUGACCCCGCAGCAGCGAGAAGACUUGACGGCCAGCGCGCAGCGUGCCCUGCGUCUCGUGGCUUUCCGGCAGAUUCACAAGGUCCUUCACAUGGAACAGUUACCUCCACGGACCAGAUUCGGGGCCCGGGCCCGGAAGAGGAUGAGGGAGGCUAGUCAGGCCCCGGAGGGCGCCGGGGACAGGAAACAGGGCCGGCAGGGCGCAGUGGGGCUGCCGUGAGCCGCUGUCACCCCCCUCCCCCCCGCCUGCACAUCCCAGCCUGCACGUGGGCGCCUCCCGCUGCUCCUCCAUCAUGGGACAUCUCGGCCAUCAUGCCUGUGGCUUUAUUCACAAUGCUGGGGGGGGGGCCCUGGCGUGACCCCCAUGCCUGUGGCUCUGUCAUCCCCUGCCCCCAAACCAGGUCGCAGUAAGCCCCGCUCCGUGGCACUAAUUGCUAUCUGAAAUCCCCUGCUGUCUGAAGAGGCGGGUGGGAUCUGAAGCGCUUCCGUGAGGCGAGAGGAGGGCGGCCUGGAGGAUUCUAGAAGCCACAGAGCGGGCAUUGAGGAGCAGAGGGCACAGAACUGGAUACCCCAGACCCCAAGCCUUCUCACAGCAGAACCCUUACUGCGACCCAGCUGUGGGGACACAUCUGGGGCCCCUGGAUCGCUCACCCCACGUGGAGCCCCGGCCCCAGCCAGAGUGCCUUCCACAGACAGGGCCCACUCUGCCCCACGCCACCCACCUUGAGGGCACAGCUCUUCCCCAUUGGGCCUCCCGACCCCCUAGGUAGGACCCUCAGGCUUCAGCCUGCUCCAUCCCACUCGUGGCUUUCGAAGACCAGCGCACACCUGGUCUCUACAACCACCCGGCACUCGGCCGGGGCGGGGAAUAAAGCGGAUCUGCCAGUGUGUGGUGAGGCCUCAUGUC